AGGCGCUCUUUGGGCUCACUCGUAAGCGGGGUCUUGAGCCGAGCUGAAGCAAGGAGUGCUGUUAGCAACAUGAUGGCGGCGUCGUCCAGUCCGCAGGUGUUAUCUCUCUAUCGGAUGCUCUUAAGAGAAAGCAGCAACUUCAACUCGUACAAUUACAGGACCUAUGCAUUGCGGAGGGUGCGCGAUGCCUUCAGGGCCAACAGGAAAGUAGACGACCCCAAAAGAGUGGAGACGCUGAUGUUGGACGGCUGGCAGUCGCUGGCACUGAUAAAGAGACAGGUGGCCAUUGGCAGCAUGUACCAGAGCCAGAAGACGGUGGUGGAGUAGCAUGCAGGUGGAGGAUGGGGACGUGACAUCACAGCCAAUCAGCACUUCCCGGUUCUGAGGUGGGAGGGGCCUUGUGGGAGUGUACUCGAGAGGGCUCAGAAGAUCCAUUGUGAAUGUUGUAUAUUAUUUAAAGUCUAAACAAAUAAAAUCAGUGACACAAGUGAAAAGA